AUGGUGUCGUUGAAGCUCCUCCAGAAGCGGCUCGCCGCUAGCGUGCUCGAUUGCGGCAAGAAGAAGAUUUGGCUCGAUCCUAAUGAGGUCAAUGAAAUCUCCAUGGCCAACUCCAGGAUUUUUAAAAUUUUGCAGGGCAGAACAUCCGGAAGCUGGUUAAAGAUCCACUCGAGGUCUCGUGCGAGGAGGAUGAAGGAGGCCAAGAGAAAGGGUCGCCACUCUGGAUAUGGUAAGAGAAAGGGUACCCGCGAGGCGAGGCUGCCAACCAAGAUCCUGUGGAUGAGGAGGAUGCGAGUCCUGAGACGACUUCUGAGGAAGUACCGCGAGGCCAAGAAGAUUGACAAGCACAUGUACCACGACAUGUACCAGAAGGUGAAGGGUAAUGUGUUCAAGAACAAGCGCGUGCUGAUGGAGAGCAUCCACAAGUCCAAGGCCGAGAAGGCGAGAGAGAAGACGCUGUCUGAUCAGUUCGAGGCCAAGCGUGCUAAGAACAAGACCAGCAGGAAGAGGAAGCUUGCCAGAAGGGAAGAGCGCUUUGCACAAGGACCUGGGAUGAAGGCAGAACCCACGCCUGCACCUCUGCCUACAGAGGGAGUAGUCAAGAAAUCCAAGAAGUGA